UGUCAGUUCAGUUGGGUUUGCGAUCCGUGGUGGAGCGUGUGUGCUUGAUUUCAGAUUUCCAGAAUCAAAAUCAAUAUUCAUAUUAAUACAGAAUCCAAUCGGAAACAUAUAAUAUAUCAGCUAUCAGCCUAUCAGCAGCAUCGAUCAUAGAACGUCAAUCAGAGCAAGCCCAAAAUGGCCCUGUCCAAGAUCGAUUCGGAGAUAGAGCAAGUGGACCAGGAGAAGUACCUGCGCCAGGCCACCAACUACUAUCAGGCGCUGGAGAAGCCCCUCAAGUACGGUCCAGUGGUGGAGACUCUUCCGGACUUGAUUGCCGCCCUGCACCGGGAGUUCGAGUCCAACUACGUGAACAUUGAGAUGGUCAAUCACCUGAUGCUCUCCUACAAGUCCAACGAGCGGGAGUGGCGCAAGUACGCCAAGUUCGAUCGUUAUAGCUACACCCGCAACCUUGUGGACGCUGGCAACGGCAAGUUCAACCUGCUGAUCCUGUGCUGGGGCGAAGGUCAUGGCUCGUCGGUGCACGACCAUGCCGAUUCCCAUUGCUUCAUGAAGAUGCUGAAGGGAGAUUUGCGUGAGAAGCGCUAUGAGUACCCCAAUAGAUCUGGCAGGGACACGGCCCGUACCCAUCAUCCUGAUGGGGAGAUCGAUAGCCGUGAGCUGGUGGAGAUCGGGGAGACUCCGAUAGCCGUCAACGAUGUGGCCUACAUCAAUGAUAACCUUGGCCUUCAUCGCGUGGAGAACCCCAGUCACUCGGAUACCUCCGUCUCCCUGCACCUCUACUGUCCGCCCUUCGACACCUGCUCGGUGUUCCAGGACAACUGCAAGAAGAGCACCGCCAAGGUCACCUUCUGGAGCAAGUACGGUGUAAGGACGAAGCUGGACGAGCAGUAGAUCCUCCAAACAGGCAGAGCUCAUUGGCCAGCAGCCUGAAGCCAGAUCCCCAAAUACAAUUAUUGUUGCAUAUUGCUAAGAAUCUUUAUUAUUAGAUAUUUAAUGUGCUAGGGCCUAAGCGGUACCGGGAGAUGGAAAUUCGGAAAACGGCGAUCUAUUGGAGGGCCACGUAACCACUGAAGGCGUUGAUAACCCUCUCCGAUAAGCAGUCCCAGUUUCCUUUUGCCGUAUCUUUAGUUUUAGUUGUGUACCAAAAAUAUUCAAUACAUAAUUUUAUCAUUGACAA